UUGCUGCGCGCGCUGUCCCUUCAGCAAAGGUCCCUGCUGGAGCGUGCCCUGCUCCCACGCGUUCUGCUCUGUUUUUAGGGGACUGGCAGGCGUGCCCCCUCCCCCAGAGCUCUUGGCUUCGCUGUCGCUCCCAGACCGCACGGAAGCACGCUGUUCCUUUAAAGAAAGCAGACUCCUGACUGUGACGCACUUCUGGCUGUCAGCCAGGAAGAUUGCUUCUGCCUGGCCGACUGUGAAGAAACCCAACAACUUUUCUUUUGUGUGUGGGGUUCUUUCCAUUGCCCCCCCCCCCAUUUUCUCCUGUCCUUUCAAGAUUUAAAUGCUAAUGGCGGAUUAAAACCUGUAGAUACGUUUGGCUUUAGGAGUCCGGUGCAUUGGAGUGACUGACUGGGAUCUCCAAGAUGACACUCCAUGCUACCCGAGCAGCCACGCUACUCUCUUGGGUGAACAGUCUGCAUGUGGCUGACCCAGUGGAGACGGUGCUGCAGCUCCAGGACUGCAGCGUCUUCAUCAAGAUUAUUAACACCAUACACAACACUGAAGAGGGGAAACAAAUUCUUCAGCAGCCCGUGCCAGAAAGACUAGACUUUGUGUGCAAUUUCCUACAGAAAAACUGGAAGCAUCCCUCGUCUACACAGUGUCUGGUGUCUGUGCAAAAAGUGAUGGAGGGGUCUGAGAUGGAACUGGCCAAGAUGGUAAUGCUGUUUUUGUAUAAUUCGACCAUGAGCUCCAGAAGUCCCCGGGACUGGGAACAGUUUGAAUAUAGGAUUCAGGCUGAGUUAGCUGUCAUCCUGAAGUUCAUGCUGGAUCAUGAGGAUUCACUAAACUUUACUGAGGACCUAGAGAAUUUCUUGGAGAAAGUUCCUUACAAAUAUUCCAGUACUGUCUCUGAAGAGCUUUCUCCACCCAGCCACCAGGCCAAGAAGAAGAUUCGUUUCUUAGAACUUCAGAGGAUCGCUUCAUCUUCCAGUGAGAACAACUUCCUCUCAGGUUCUCCAUCCUCCCCCAUGGGCGACAUCCUGCAGACCCCACAGUUCCAGAUGAGACGGCUGAAGAAGCAGCUGGCAGAUGAGAGGAAAAACAGGGAUGAGCUGGAGCUGGAGCUGUCUGAGAGCCUGAAGCUGCUCACUGAGAAGGAUGCACAGAUAGCCAUGAUGCAGCACCGUAUUGACCACCUGGCUGUGCUGAAUGAGAAGCAGGCAGCCAGCUCGCAGGAGUCUGGAGAGCUUGAGGAGCUCCGUGGCAAGAAUGAGAGCCUUACCGUGCGACUGCAUGAGACUUUGAAGCGGUAUCAGAACCUGAAGACAGAGAAGAACCAGAUGGAUCGAAAGAUUAGCCAGCUUUCUGAGGAGAAUGGGGACCUUUCCUUUAAGUUGCGAGAGUCUGCCAGCCACUUGCGUCAGCUACAGGGUGCAUACGACGACCUGAUGGAGGAGCACAGCAAGGCUUCUCAGGAGUGGGCAGAGAAGCAGGCUCAUCUGGAAAAUGAGCUCAGCACAGCCCUCCAGGAUAAGAAAUACUUUGAGGAGAAGAAUGAGAUACUUCAGGGAAAGCUUUCCCAGCUGGAAGAACGAGCAGCGCAGCUACGGGAGAGCCCAGCCCAGGAGAAGGGCGAGGUGCUGGGUGACGCCCUACAGCUGGAAACUCUGAAGCAAGAGACAGCCAAAUUUGCUGCAGACAACACCCAGCUCCAAGCCCGCAUAGAGACACUGGAGUGUGAACGAGGCCAACAGGAAGCCCAACUGCUUGCUGAGCGGGGCCACUUUGAAGAAGAAAAGCAGCAACUGGCCAGCUUGAUUGCAGACCUGCAGAGCUCCAUCUCCAACCUCAGCCAAGCCAAGGAGGAGCUGGAGCAGGCCUCCCAGGCUCAGGGGGCUCAGCUAACUGCCCAGGUGGCCUCGCUGACAGCACUCAAUACCACCCUGCAACAACAGCAGGAACAAGAACUGACCAGCCUGAAAGAACAGACGAAAAAGGACCUGUCUCUGAUGGAACAGACCUUGCAAGAGCAGGAAGAGGUUGCCCAGAGCCUCCGCCAGCAGGUGGAGCAGCUGAGCAGCAGCCUGAAGCUGAAGGAGCAGCAAUUGCAAGAAGCAGCCAAAGAGCAGGAAGCAGCCAGGCGGGAUCACGCUCAGCAACUGGCCAUUGUUGCUGAGGCUCAAGAGGCCUCUCUAAGGGAGCGGGAUGCUGCUCGCCAGCAGCUGGAAACAUUGGAGAAGGAGAAAACUGCCAAGCUAGAGAGCCUGCAGCAGCAACUUGAAGCUGCCAAUGAAGCUAGGGACAGUGUGCAGACCUCAGUCACACAGGUCCAGCAAGAAAAGGCAGAGCUGAGUCAAAAGCUAGGAGAACUCCAGGCCUGCAUUGAAGCUGCCCACCAGGAACAGCGUCAGGCCCAAGCUCAUGUGACAGAGCUGGAGGCCCAGCUGAAGGCUGAGCAGCAAAGAGUGACUGAGCAAGAAAAAGGGAUCCAGGAGAAGGCCCGGCUCCAGGAGCAGCUCCAGGCCCUCGAGGAGACUUUGAAGAUCACCAGAGGCAGCCUGGAGGAGGAGAAGUGCAGGGCUGCAGAUGCCCUGGAGAAGCAGCAGCGCCGCAUUGCUGAGAUGGAGGCCGAGUCCCGAAGCCUGAGGGAGCAGCGUGAGCAGGAACAGAAGGAGACAGAACAGGAGAAGGCCGAGCAAAAGGGGCUGGAAGCCAGGCUCCAGCAGCUGGAGGAGACUCAUCGGGCAGAGAUAGAAGCCUUGCGGCAUGAGCUGGCAGAGGCCACAGCCUCCCAGCACAGAGCUGAGAGUGAGAGCAGACAGCUCAUCAGGGAGGUUGAGAGCUGGCAGGAGCGGUUUGAAGCUAGACAGCAAGAGGAAGCAAAAUACAGUGCCAUGUUCCAGGAACAACUGAGGGCGUUGAAGGGGGAUGGUGAGAAGGCUGGCCAAGAGGCACAGGAGAAGGCAGUGGAGAGCCACAGUGAGGGCCAGCAGCAGAGUCAUCUAGCCCAGCUUCAUGCCAACCUAGCCAGAGCUCUCCAGCAGGUUCAGGAGAAAGAAGUCAGGACCCAGAAGCUGGCAGAUGAUCUUUCAACUCUGCAGGAGAAGAUGGCUGCCACGAACAAGGAGGUGGCCUGCCUGAAGACCUUGGUGGUCAAGGCAGGUGAGCAGCAGGAAAUGGCCUCACUUGAGUUACUCAAAGAGCCCCCGGGGGCCGGAAACAGAGAGUCUGACUGGCUAGAAGAAGAGCAGGGGCGGCCAUUCUCCAGUACACAAGCCACACUAAAGGCUCUGGAGCGUGAGGCUGAGCAGAUGGGCAGUGAAGUGGAGAGGCUGAGGGCAGCACUGAUGAAGAGUCAGGGGCAGCAGCAAGAGGAGCGUGGACAGCAGGAGAGGGAGGUAGCGCGGCUGACCCAGGAGUGGGACCAGGCCCAGGCAGACCUGGCUCAGGAGAAAGCAGCCAAGGCAGAGCUUGAGAUGCAGCUGCAGAACACCCUCAACGAGCAGCGUGUGGAGUUCUCGGCCCUGCAAGAAGCACUGGCCCAUGCCCUGAAGGAAAAGGAAGACAAAGACCAGGAGCUUGCCAAACUUCGUGGGCAAGAGGCUGCUCAAAGAACAGAGCUGAAGGAGCUUCAGGAGACUUUGGAAAAACUGAAAGGGGGUACUGGUGGAGAAGACACUUCUGGCCCAGGAACCCAGUUGGAGACAGCCGGGAAGGUGGAGGUACCAGGCCCCACGUUGGAGGCACUCCGGGCAGAGGUCAGCAAGCUGGAGCAGCAGUGCCAGCAGCAGCAGCAGCAGGUCGAAGGCCUGACACAGAGCCUGGAGUCUGAGCGUGCUUCCCGGGCUGAGCAGGACAAAGCCCUGGAGACAUUGCAGGGCCAGUUAGAGGAGACGGCUCGGGAGCUAGGGCACAGUCAAGCUGCCUCAGCUUCAGCUCAGAGAGAGUUGACAGCCCUCCGGGCCAAAGCCCAGGACCACAGCAAAGCCGAGGAAGAGUGGAAGGCCCAAGUGGCCCGUGGCCAGCAGGAAGCAGAGAGAAAAAGCAGUCUUAUCAGCAGCUUGGAAGAGGAGGUGUCCAUCCUGAACCGCCAAGUCCUAGAGAAAGAGGGGGAGAGCAAGGAGCUGAAGCGCCUGGUUGUGGCUGAAUCAGAGAAGAGCCAGAAGCUGGAGGAGAGGCUGCACCUGCUUCAGGUGGAAACAGCCAGCAGUAGUGCCAGAGCAGCGGAACGCAGCUCAGCUCUACGAGAGGAGGUCCAGAGCCUCCGGGAGGAGGGAGAGAAACAGCGCGUCAUUUCAGAGAACUUGCGGCAAGAGCUAGCCUUACAGGCAGAUCGAGCGGAGGAGCUGGGCCAGGAGUUGAAGGCCUGGCAGGAGAAGUUCUUCCAAAAAGAGCAAGCACUCUCUGCCCUGCAGCUGGAGCAUACUAACACACAGGCCCUUGUAAGCGAGCUGCUGCCUGCGAAGCACCUUUGUCAGCAGCUACAAGCGGAGCAGGCGGCUGCCGAGAAGCGCCAUCGGGAGGAGAUAGAGCAGAGCAAGCAGGCAGCUGGUGGGCUUCGGGCAGAGCUAAUGCGGGCACAAAGGGAGCUUGGAGAGCUAGGGCCUUUGCGGCAGAAGGUGGUCGAGCAGGAGCGAACAGCCCAGCAGCUGCGGGCAGAGAAGGCCAGCUAUGCGGAACAGCUGAGCGUGCUGAAGAAGGCUCAUGGCCUGUUGGCAGAGGAGAACCGGGGGCUGGGAGAGCGGGCCAACCUUGGCCGGCAGUUUCUGGAAGUGGAGCUAGAUCAAGCCCGGGAAAAGUAUGUCCAGGAGCUGGCAGCUGUGCGUACCGAUGCUGAGACCCAUCUGGCUGAAGUGCGGCAAGAAGCACAGAGUACUACCCGGGAGCUGGAGGCCAUGACUGCCAAGUACGAAGGUGCCAAGGUGAAGGUCCUAGAGGAAAGGCAGAGAUUCCAAGAAGAGAGGCAGAAACUCACUGCCCAGGUGGAGCAGCUAGAGGUAUUUCAGAGAGAGCAGACUAAGCAGGUGGAAGAACUGAGUAAGAAGUUGGCAGAGUAUGAUCAAACCCACAAGGCACAGCAACAGAAGCUCCAGGCUUUCCAAGCUCAGGGAGGUGAGAGCCAGCAGGAGGUCCAGCGCCUCCAGGCCCAGCUAAAUGAGCUCCAGGCCCAGCUGAGCCAGAAGGAGCAGGCGGCGGAGCAUUACAAGCUACAGAUGGAGAAGGCCAAGACCCAUUACGAUGCCAAGAAGCAGCAGAACCAAGAGCUGCAGGAGCAGCUUCGAGACCUGGAGCAGCUACAGAAGGAGAACAAGGAGCUUCGGACUGAAGCGGAACGUCUGGGCCGUGAGCUGCAGCAGGCAGGGCUGAAGACCAAAGAGGCUGAACAGGCCUGCCGCCACCUUAGUGCUCAGGUGCGCAGCCUGGAGGCGCAGGUUGCCCAUGCAGACCAGCAGCUUCGAGACUUGGGCAAAUUCCAGGUGGCAACUGAUGCCUUAAAGAGCCGUGAGCCUCAGAAACCCCAGCUGGACUUAAGUAUCGACAGCCUGGAUCUGAGCUUGGAGGAGGGAACCCCGUGCAGUGUUGCUAGCAAGCUGCCUCGUCCCCAACCAGAUGGCACCAGUGUCCCUGGAGAGCCAGCUUCACCCAUCUCCCAGCGCCUGCCCCCCAAGGUGGAAUCCCUGGAGAGUCUCUACUUCACCCCCAUUCCAGCUCGGGGUCAGGCCCCCUUAGAGAGCAGCCUGGACUCCCUGGGGGAUGCGUUCCCUGACUCUGGCCGAAAGACCCGCUCUGCUCGCCGGCGUACCACACAAAUCAUCAACAUAACCAUGACCAAGAAACUAGACGUGGAAGAGCCAGACAGCGCCAACGCAUCCUUCUACAGCACGCGGUCUGCCCCUGCUCCCCAGGCCAGCCUGCGAGCCACCUCCUCCACCCAGUCUCUGUCCCGUUUGGGUUCUCCUGAUGAUGGCAACUCUGCUCUGCUCAGCUUGCCUGGGUACCGGCCUACCACUCGAAGCUCUGCUCGUCGCUCCCAGGCCAGGAUGUCCAGUGGGGCCUCCCAAGGAAGGAACAGCUUCUACAUGGGGACUUGCCAGGACGAGCCCGAGCAGCUGGACGACUGGAACCGCAUCGCAGAGCUGCAGCAGCGCAACCGAGUGUGCCCCCCGCACCUCAAGACCUGCUACCCUUUGGAGUCCAGGCCUUCCACGAACCUGGCUAUCAUCACUGAUGAGGAGAUGAAAACCGGAGACCCCCAGGAAACCUUACGCCGAGCCAGCAUGCAACCAACCCAGAUCGCUGAGGGUCUUGGCAUCACCACCCGGCAGCAGCGCAAACGGGUCUCCUUAGAGACCCACCAGGGCCCUGGCACUCCUGAGUCCAAGAAAGCUACCAGCUGCUUCCCACGGCCCCUGACUCCCAGGGACCGGCAUGAAGGACGUAAGCAGAGCAGCACUGUUGAAGCCCAGAAGAAAGCAGCUCCAGUUCAGGUGGACCGGCGCCAGUCAAUGGCCUUCAGCAUCCUUAACACACCCAAGAGGCUGGGAAAUAGUCUUCUACGGCGAGGCGCUUCCAAGAAGACCCCAGCGAAGGUCUCUCCCAAUACUCGCAGUGGAACCCGCCGCUCUCCCCGCAUUGCCAGCACUGCUACCCCUCGGGCCAAGGGCAAGGCAAAGCAUUAAAGAGUCAACACCAGCGCGUGGCCCUACCUGGUCCUUUUCCUUCUACUGUCCCUCUCAGUGCCUUCUCUCAGCUCCCGGGCCAAUGGCGGCCAACCCCCCCCCCCCCCCCCCCCCCCCCCGACACAGUGAUGCUUGCCUGCACCCUUGCCUGGUACCUGGACCUUCACUGGUGCCUUCUAGGCAUCUUUUCAGAGCUGGCCCAGGAAGCGUGGACAGUGUGGAGUGUUCUCCCUAUCUUGCCUCCUGAUCUCUCCCCCUCCCCUUUUGGAGGAAAGUCUACUCCAUUGAAACUAGAUUUGAGGCUGAAUUCUUGAGCCCAGACAGUCUUCCUUACUCUCUGGACCUAGAGGAGACCAUUGGAAAAGCGGGUUCUGCUUCCUGCUGUUUCUGGUGGCUAGGCCUAGCAGAGGCCUUUGCUCUUGAAUCCUAGGAUCGGGCUUGACCUGGUAGGAGCCUCUGCUCUCCUGCUCCCGUCUACACAAGGACACACCUGCCAGGAGGAUGCUCUUUUCCAGGACAGAUGGGUCCUGGGUCUCAGGGGUGGGAUCGGGGCAGCCUUCCAUGGCAGCUCACACUUCACCUUCCCCAGACUUGCACUGGGGUGGGAUAUGGAACUUUAGGAAGGUUUUUAAGGGCCAGGGAUGGAUCUUUUCUAAAUGUUAUUACUUGUAAAUAAAGUCUAUUUUUCUCCCUUGA